AGCGGUGCAAGCUAAACGGAUGCUCAAAAGUCAAAACCAUCUAUGAGGCAACUACCUUCAUGUUUGCUGUUGUUACCGGUCUUACCGGAGGAACUCAUCUUGGAAAUCCUUUUUAGGGUUCCGGUGAGAUUCCUUAAAAGAUUCAUGUGCGUGUGCAAAUCAUGGAAAACACUAAUCUCCAGUUCCCAAUUCGAAAAGGAGCACUUUCGCACCUCAUUCUCUGUUACAAGCAUGACCCACCAACGAUUGGUUACUUUAACCAAUGAUGACUGGAAAUCAAUAACAACAUGUUCUAUGCGGUCAUUGUUCGAAGACCUAUUAGUCCCUCCAAAAACCGUUAGCUUAAGGGUGGAACCCAGGUGGGUAUAUAUUAUAGGGUCGUGCAAUGGGUUGUUGUGUUUAUCUGAUGAUUUUGGUUUAUUCAAAUUGAGGAACCCGUUUACCGGAUCAGCAUCCAAGAGAUCGCCAACCAUUGAUGUGAUGUGGCGUACCAUCUCACAGUAUGGUUUCGGUUAUGAUCAAGUUAACGACAAGUACAAAGUGCUAAUUACUUCUAACGGCGAGACCAAAGUUCAUACCUUUGGUACUAAUUAUUGGACAACUAUUCAGACUUUCCCGUCUGCGCUACCGCCAGAAUGUUGGGAUAAAGUAGGACAAUUUGUGAGUGGUGCUCUUAAUUGGUUGGUUUUGGAAAGAGAUCGUAUUAUUUCCUUUGAUUUGGAGAAGGAGACUUAUGGUGAAGUGUUGCUUCCUCACAAUAUGGAUGGUGACCUCCCCUGCAAUCAUGUGCUUCAUGUCUUGAAUAACUGUCUUUGUUUGUGUUACUUUACUGAUAUUCAUUGCGUCGUGUGGUUGAUGAAAAAGUACGGUAUUCAAGAGUCUUGGACUAAAAUGAUGUUGAUCCCUCAUUACAAGAUUCCUGUGCGCAAUAAUAAUGCUUCUUUUCGCGUUCGCCCUUUGUGCAUUUCAGAAAAUGGCGUUGUUUUGUUGGAAACUAAUGAAAACCAAUUAGUUAUGUAUGACACAAAGAAUGGCGAGGUGUAUUAUCCUAGUAAGAUCUUCGGAACGUAUCGAGUUGAUAUACAUAUAUACCAUGAGAGUUAUGCUCCUGAACUUGCACCUAAAGUCAGGAAGGGUUGUCGGAGCAAUGGAUGCAAAAAUCCACCUGUUGGCAAAUUUGGAUAUUGUGACUUUCACAGGUCAAAGUCACAGGCUAGGCAGCGUAAGAGGGCUGCGAAGAGACGUAAACUAGAGGACACUGCUCAUCCUGCUGCUAUUGAAUGAAAGUACUAAACAUAGAGAACAUGAAAAUGCCUGGAGUUUGGAUCUUUAUGUUAGUCCUUUUGAUUUUUGAAUCACAGUUUUCAUUUUAUAUCAUGGUUUUUAGAAAAACUUCUGUGCAAGUGUGUUUGCUCUAUUUGCUCUGUUUCCAGGAUUGCUAUGUUUGCUCUGUUUGCAAGCAAUUUUGACAUAUUACUUUCCUAGUGGUAUUUUCAACACAAUAAUCAA